GUGUUGUGUGUGUCGACGCCGUGCCCUCCAUAUUUUCUUUUCAUAAAAAAUGGAUUCGAAACCAUAUCCUGAUUUGACUUGUGUGUUGUUUCCAGGAAUAGUUAAAAACACCGACAAAGCUAUACAAUGUUUAGGAGGCAUUAGAAAUAUUUCACAGGUAUACUCUGAGUCGGUAAAAAAGCUGGGACUUAGCUACAGACCUGAAGAUCCUUAUCUAAAGAAAAUGUAUGCUGAUUGUCGAAAAACAGCUGGUCUAUUAGUAAAAGUAAGAGUUAAAAAACAUAAAAUAGACAACGAGUUAAAAAAGGAAGUUAUAUCAACAGAAGUGGUUGGUCAAGUUAAGGGAAUUUAUAGAUUUGAAUCUAUAUGUGAUUUUCAAUAUUUACCUAUACAAAAUGAUUCAAGAGGCGUUAACAAUUGCAUUUUGGACCAGAUCUUCCCUUCAGGGUUGGAUGCUUUUGAGUUCAUGAAUGAACCAGGACCAAUAUACAUAGUUCCAAGUAGCUUUAGUAGAACAGAAAAACCAUAUAACUAUGCCUAUACUAACAAGAAGAAUUCUGAAAAAAUUUAUUAUACAGAUAAGGACCUUAUAGCUCAUCGUAGAUCAAGAUCAGUUCCUUUAGUACGAUAUAAAUUCAGUUUAACAAAUGAGUUGCCUUCUGAGCCAAAUGAACAUGCUUUGAAACGAUUCAAACAAAGACUUAAAAUACAACCGCAAAUGGCGCAGGAGUUCGAAUUUAUCAAAAAGAUGUUACAAGAGAGGCCAAUAUUGUCAUAUAACAUGAUUCGGUAUCAAUCAAAAUACCGAUUGGCAGUACUAAAAAUAAUUUUACCAACUGUAGCUGUGCAUAUGCAUGAAGGCCCAUGGAAGAAGUCCUGGGUGAGAUUUGGAUAUGAUCCUAGAAAGAUUCCUGAAUCAAGAAUAUAUCAAACUUUAGAUUUCAGAGUAAGACAUACUGCUGGAAUGAAUGUGAUGGUGAUGAAAAGAAAACACUUGGCACAAUAUAAAAAAGCAGAAUCUGAACGACGUGGUGAAAAAAUGGAUAUUGGUGAUGAUGAUAUGGUUACAUCUGAAGAAGUAGUGGAAGCAGCGGUCUACUUCCGACCAGGAAUAGUGCCAGCCCAACGUCAGAUGUAUUAUCAGUUAUGUGAUGUGAAGCUGCCAGAAGUAGAGGAAUUGCUCGCCAAAGAACCUCCGCCUGGAUACCUCUGCCACCAGACAUGGGGCUGGUUGCCUCCUAACACUGAUCAACUGUGUCGGGACUACAUAUCUAAAUACAUGAAAGACACGAUAUUUGCAAGUAACGCCGGUGAUGAAUUAAAGAUUGAGAAAGGCAGCAGCGACGACGAGUCAGAUUCCAACUCUGACGAGGCUGAAGACACAGAUGGCGUUAGUGCAGCCGCUACCGGUGAUGAAAUGACAUAAAAUAAAUCACGCCAAUUGA